CCGCGCGGCUAGACUAGUCCCACGACUCCUCCCUCAUCGACCACUCCCGUGGACUCCCCCCCCCCACCCCCUCUCCCUCCCCCUCCCCGAGGCGGUGGUGGUCGCCGGAGCGCAGCAGCACAAAGCCGCGAGGGCCGUAGGGGGUACGCCGCCCCGCCAGCCCGCCAAGAUGAACGACGCCGAUGUCGCCAAGCAGAUCCAGCAGAUGGUGCGGUUCAUCCGCCAGGAGGCCGAGGAGAAGGCCAGCGAGAUCUCCGUCUCCGCCGAGGAGGAGUUCAAUAUCGAGAAGCUUCAACUUGUUGAAGCUGAGAAAAAGAAGAUCAGGCAAGAAUAUGAACGGAAAGAGAAGCAGGUCGAAGUUCGAAAGAAAAUUGAAUACUCUAUGCAGUUGAAUGCUUCUCGCAUCAAAGUGCUUCAAGCUCAGGAUGAUUUGGUUAAUUCUAUGAAAGAGGAUGCUACAAAGCAGCUCCUGCGUGUCAGCCACAGUCAUCAUGAAUACAAGAACCUUUUGAAAGAACUCGUUGUUCAGGGUUUGCUUCGGUUGAAAGAGCCAGCAGUACUGCUCCGCUGCCGCAAAGAAGACCAUCAUCACGUGGAAUCUGUAUUGCAUUCAGCAAAGAAUGAAUAUGCGACAAAAACAGAAGUUCAUCAACCAGAGAUACUUGUUGACCAUGAUGUGUACCUGCCACCUUCUCCAAGCUCUCAUGAUUCCCAUGAGAUGUUUUGCUCUGGAGGUGUUGUGCUGGCUUCUCGUGAUGGAAAGAUUGUGUGUGAGAACACACUUGAUGCCAGGCUGGAGGUUGUCUUCCGCAAGAAAUUACCAGAGAUCCGGAAGCUUCUUUUUGGUCAGGCAACGGCGUAAUCUGUUCAUGUAAUUUCAGCUGUGGUACAGCUACUUCUAUGUAAUUAGCUGCUGGUUCGAACCUGCAGCUGCAAGGAACUCCCACCUGUUUUUGCCAGAUUGAUUGUUUAAAGUAUUCAUCCUCUAUGUAAACACUGUCUAUUUGUUCAUUAUUAUCGCCGAGCACAAACUAUUUGCACGCUUGUUUGCUCAGAGGUAUAAUAAUAAUAAUAAAGGACGGUCAAACCUUCCAUUGCUGUGUAAA